UGCUCAAGCUGCUAUGCAUUACUGCAGACAGCUUACUGCAGUAUUUUUACGAUGACAUCAUCCCUUAUCCUUUUGAGGGAAGACCACGUGGUUCCUUGCCAGUAAUGCAACAAUUUGCGAAGCACGAAUUAACAACAAACGUUUUAUCCGUAAAUAAUUGGGCCAAUCUACCAAAAGAGAAGCCUGUCUAAACGAAAUUGUUAGUGUUAUUACUGUGUCAUUCGAGCCUGUUUUGCUUUAACGGAGCCUUUUAACAGUUGGAACGAAAGACGUAGAAUCUGAUUGGCCAAUGUCAAGGGAUACACAAAAAUAAACCAAUCAGCGUGUUUGGCAGAUUCAGGUGGUAAAUCCUGAUCCUGCCUCUGACUGUAACACGGCCCAGAGCUCUCCGCUCUCCCCUCAUAGUGUAUAUUUUAGCCCAGCCUCGGUUGCUUCCUUUCCCCUGUGCCGCCAUUAAAGCCCGUCAGCUUGGUGUUUGGAAAUCGGGAGAAGGAUAAAAAUGAUUUAGACCGUCAAACAGACGGCCGAGGGACGGGACCGGGGAGGGGGGUUCGAGCUCCGCGAUAUGUAUGGACCUUCAACUGCCAACUAAACGGCGCACCAAAGAAGUAAAUAUGCGGUUAGUAUCGGCCAAGUGAGAGAAGCCUGAGUUCGGAUUGGAGUGGGGUUCUCUGGUCUGGGGGGAAGCUCCUUUUCUUUUGGCUGCGGUGGGAAACUGAGGAGUGUAAACACAGCAAAGUGUACUGCUUGCUGUGUGAUCUCCUUAAGAGUGGAUCUGCCGAGCUGAGAAGCCCUCUGAACGGCAGGAAACCUCACUCGGCGGCGCGACGAUGACCGAGCUGGUUGCCAAGUGGGCCUGUGAAUACUGCACAUACGAGAACUGGCCGUCAGCCAUCAAGUGCACCAUGUGCCGCGCUCAGAGGCCCAGCGGGGGUGCCAUCAUUACUGAGGAGCCCUUCAAGAGCAGCCCUGCUCUGGAUGCCAGUCUGCACCAGUGGGACCCUGCAGGCCUCAGCAACAGCCCAUCCCAGGGGGGCUCCAGCUUACUUAUUUGCCCUGAUUCUAGUGCUCGACCCCGUGUCCGCAUUGCUGAUGUACCUGAGACUAGUAGUAAGUGGUCUUGCCACAUGUGCACCUACCUGAACUGGCCUCGGGCCAUUCGUUGCACCCAGUGCCUGUGCCAGAGACAGCAGGCUCAACAGCAGCAUGGGCAACAUGGAACCCAUCAAGGACAUCACACCCAGCAGCCACGCAGCCCCACAGAAUCACCCCAGACCUCAGGCUCUGGAUGCCGCCCUGCUCCCCAUGCUACCACUACAGACCCCUGUGAGGAAUAUAAUGACCGUAACAGGCUCAAUACUCAUGCACAGCACUGGACAUGCACUGCUUGCACUUAUGAGAACUGGGCCAAGGCACUAAAAUGUGUGGUUUGCGACCACCCUAGGCCAAAUAGUUUACUAGCUGAACCCAUUGAACUGGCAUCAGAGCCUGAGAGCCAACAACCUUCCUCAAAACUUAAUGAACAGGACAGGGACAACAGGAGGGGUGUUGUUGGGCAAGGAGUAGGGAGUGUGGUAGGUGGGCUUGGGGGAUGUAGCAGCAGCCAGAGGAGGUCACCCCCAACCUCAAAACGGGAGUCAGAGGUGAACAUGGACUUUCAAAGGAUUGAACUGGCAUCAGGCGCUGGGAUUGGAAGCAAAGAGGAGCUGGAGGUGGAUUUCAAAAAACUGAAGCAGAUUAAGAACAGGAUGAGAAGGACUGAUUGGCUAUUCCUCAAUGCCUGUGUUGGUGUUGUGGAAGGCGAUCUGGCAGCUGUGGAGGCUUACAAAUCAUCAGGAGGCGACAUUGCGCGACAGCUAACAUCAGACGAAGUGCACCUGUUAAAUCGGCCCUCAGCAUUUGAUGACGGUUUCACGCUGGUUCACCUCGCCAUCCGCUUCCAGAGGCAGGAUAUGCUGGCUGUGUUACUUACAGAGGUGUCCCAACAGGCAGCCAAGUGUAUUCCAGCCAUGGUGUGUCCCGAGCUGACGGAGCAGAUCCGUCGAGAGGUAGCAGCCUCGCUUCACCAACGCAAGGGAGACUUCACCUGCUAUUUCCUCACUGACUUGGUGACCUUCACACUGCCAGCAGACAUUGAGGACUUGCCCCCCGCCGUUCAGGAAAAAUUGUUUGAUGAGGUGCUGGACCGAGAUGUACAAAAAGAACUCGAAGAAGAGUCUCCUAUUAUAAACUGGUCCUUGGAGCUCGGGACUAGGCUGGACAGUCGCCUGUAUGCCCUGUGGAACCGCACGGCCGGGGACUGUCUCCUCGACUCCGUGCUGCAGGCCACUUGGGGCAUCUAUGACAAGGACUCGGUGCUGCGCAAGACCCUCCACGACAGCCUGCACGACUGUUCUCACUGGUUUUACACACGCUGGAAGGAGUGGGAGUCGUGGUAUUCCCAGAGCUUUGGCCUGCAUUUUUCACUGCGGGAGGAACAGUGGCAGGAAGACUGGGCUUUCAUCCUCUCCCUGGCUAGUCAGCCAGGAUCCAGCUUGGAGCAGACCCACAUUUUUGUUCUUGCACACAUACUUCGUAGGCCCAUUAUCGUCUAUGGAGUGAAGUAUUACAAAAGUUUCCGUGGAGAAACACUCGGGUACACCCGUUUUCAAGGUGUGUACUUGCCCCUUUUGUGGGAGCAGAGUUUCUGCUGGAAGAGCCCCAUCGCUCUGGGCUACACGCGGGGACACUUCUCAGCACUCGUUGCCAUGGAGAACGACGGCUUCGACAAUCGCGGCGCGGGCGCCAACCUCAACACAGACGACGAUGUGACCGUCACGUUCCUGCCGCUGGUCGACAGCGAGAGGAAGCUGCUUCACAUUCACUUCCUGUCAGCGCAGGAAAUGGGUAAUGAAGAGCAACAGGAGAAGCUGCUGCGGGAGUGGUUGGACUGCUGUGUGACGGAGGGCGGGGUCCUGGUGGCUCUUCAGAAAAGCUCCCGCCGCCGCAACCAUCCCCUUGUCACCCAGAUGGUGGAGAAGUGGCUCGACGGCUACCGGCAGAUCCGCCCCUGUGCCUCUUUGUCUGACGGCGAAGAGGAGGAAGAUGAUGAGGAUGAGUGACAAAACUGAAAUGGGGAAGGGGGGAGGGGGGGGAGGAGGUGGUGUUUUUGGGGUUGGGGGGGGCGGGACUCCUCCCCCUUCCUCUCUCUUACACUUUUUAUUUAGUUUUGUUUUCCUUUCCUGACACGGACAAACUGUGAAAACCUUCAGGAGAGGAUCGAGAACCACAAGCCCCCCCCCCCACCCACCUUCCACCUCCACAGAAGACACUGCUGCUCUUCUAGCACACGCAGGCACUCGGACUUCCACCGUAAACACAUUCGACACUUCACUCAGACCAACCUGAGACUGACAGACUCCACUGCUGCACAGCACAGAUUCGGGGACAAAAUACAGGUUUAUGAAUGCAAAUGACCUUCCGAUUUGUUUUUUUUUUUUUUCAAAUAUAAAGGAAAAAAGGAAUCUUUAUCCGUAGAUGUAAAUGCAUGUGGUUGUUUAAAAAAAGAGUAUAAGGAAAAUAUACCAGCAUUGACUCAGAUCAACACUUUAUAACUGUUCAGUGUGGGCACUGACAAAAGCACACUUCCAAAUUUAUCUUUUUGAUGUUUUUUCCAGUUGUACAAAAGUUGGCUUCUUUAGCUUUUUGUUUUUGAAUGGGCAGGGACAAAGCCAAUAAAUAUUGUUAACUUUAGACAACCAGAGAUUGUGUAAUAAUAAAUGACUUUAAUCCUUAAUGAUAAGCACUGCACAUUUAUUAAAACAUUUCUAUAUAAAUACAGUAUCAUUGCUUGAAUUAAGGUCAUAUAUGAAGCUCUUGAAAAGGGAGAUUUUUUUUCCCUUUACAAGUCAAAUCUACACUCAUUAAGGUUUAGCACACAGACGUUCAUGUUGGAUCUUGGGUUUACCUUUUUGCAGACUGAUUGAGAUGUGUGUGUGUGUGUGUGUGUGUGUGUGUGAGUGAGCGGUUGUGUGCAUGGUUUUUCCUUCUCUGAACUUACUCUACAUAUUUAUUGUUUGGAAACAUAUUUGAGCUAAUAAGAGCUUUCUGUAUAUUUUUUUCUCCUUUUUUGUGGUUUUGUUAAUUAUUCUCUCAAUCUUGAUGAAGACAUGUUGCACAGAAACACUUGCUGAGAGGAAAGACUCAAUCAUGACCAUCAAUGAAAAGUUUACUUGCGUUGUUGUGCGGGAUUUAGUACCUCAUCCGGAUGCCUAAAAUCUGGUGCUUUUUUUUUGGGCAGGCGAGUGUUGGAAUGAGACGCGUUCAGUGUUGACGUAAACCCCGGAGCCACACACGUCUCAUCUACUUUCUUUAUAUCCUUCUAGCAUUUGUUGUCAAGUUCACCCUCAUGGUACACAUCAAGUUCACCUCCUCUUUAACGUCUGUUGUCAUUAUGUGAAAGCAUCUUAAGUUUUUUGAUUAAGGCUGUUGUGAGAGGCUGCAACAUAUAAAACCAAAGCUGACAGGGAAAAAAAAGAGAAAAAACAUGAGUUGUCUUUACUUUUUUUUUUGUUUGUUUUUUUUGUUUUGCUGUGAAUGUUUGCGUUUUGUUUUUCUUCCCCUUGUGUACUGUAACCUCUUUCGUGUUUCAUUCAAGUCAUACACGUUUUGGAGCACCACCUGUAUGUUGCUUUGUAUUUAUGCAAUAGUUGCAGUUGUGACUAUGAUGGUUUGUGGAUUUAGGCCUGACUUCACUAUAUGGAGUGUAACGCAAAGAACAGGCAAAAUAAGGAAAAAAAAAAAAAAAAAGAAAUUAAAGAAAACCUUUUUGAAUGUCCAACUAAA